GAUCACGUCGGUGCUGUAAAGCCAUCCAUGUCAGGGAGCGACCUGCUUCCCUCUCGUCAAACAGCACCGAGUGCCCCUUGCUCGCGCUGCUCCCAGCCAGUCUCCGCAGUGACCCGGCUCCAUGUGCAUGGAGCAAUCCUGGACUUUGCACGUGUUCUGCAAGCCUUUGCUCGUGCUCUCCUUCCGCUCUGCAGCAGGCUCUGAUCGCUGCUCGCCUCUUGCACCGUGUGGGACCAUGCUGGCCGUGAGCUGGGGCUGCUCCCAGUGUGUGCUGGCAGCGUGAUUUCCGUGUGACAGCUGGUCUCCAGGACAUCAAUGCUGAGUGACACUAACUCUGUAAAGCUGAAAAGUGAUCGUUCGCCUCCUGUGCAAUGGUGUAAGGUAGUUGCACAUGAAGAUGAGAAGACCAAUCUGGUUUUUAAAAGACUUCUCGUACUGUUUGUGGUUGGAGGGUGCUUCCUUUAUAUCCUCAAGUUACAUUUUUACCCUGAAGAAUGUGACAGAACAAAAACACCGUAUGUGGACCUCGAUCGUGUAAGGAGAGCACAACAAUAUGCCAGUGCUGUGCUGCAGGAACAGUGCCGACCUUCUUACGUGAAAACAGAAAUGGGAAAGUUAUUUGCGGAGAAAUACAGCAUGGACAUAUCUCCCUUUGUAGGAAAAAACAUAGAUGAAGAUGAAGCUUUAUUUAAAUACGGACCUCCCUUUGGAUUUCACAGGUUCUUUGAUAAGCUUAAAAAUCUCCUCGAACUCUUACCUGAGCAUGAUUUGCCAGAAGAUUUGAAGUCAAAACACUGUAAACGUUGUGUUGUUGUUGGCAGUGGUGGAAUUCUUUAUGGAUCAGAGCUAGGUCACUUACUGAAUCAGUUCGAUAUUGUUAUAAGGCUAAAUGAUGCGCCAGUCCAAGGAUACACAGAUCACGUUGGUAACAAAACAACGAUACGGAUGACUUACCCAGAAGGAGCCCCGCUUUCUGAACUCGAGUAUCCUCCUGCUAGCUUAUUUGUGGCUGUUUUGUUUAAAAGUGUUGAUUUCAAUUGGCUACAAGCAAUGGUAAAAAAUGAAACCUUGUCUCUGUGGAUACGACUUUUCUUUUGGAAGGAGGUUGCUAAGAAAAUUCCUUUUACAUCAAAACAGUUUCGGAUUCUGAAUCCAGUCAUCGUUAAAGAGACAGCUCUGGACAUUUUACAAUUCCCCAAGCCUCGAUCAAUAUUCUGGGGUUGGGAUAAGAAUGUACCCACGAUCGGGGUCAUGGCGGUUAUUCUAGCCACGCAUUUAUGUGAUGAAGUGAGCAUAGCAGGAUUUGGAUAUGACCUCGAUCAGCCCAGCACUCCUUUGCACUAUUACAACAACCUCUGCAUGGCUGCCAUGAACAGACAAACUAUGCACAAUGUGACAGGUGAAACAAAAUUACUGCGAAAACUGGUCAAAGAAAAAGUUAUUAAAGACCUCACUGGUGGGAUACAUUGUGAAUUCUGCAGCAAAGACAGCUAGUGGUAGAAGUGCCCAACGGUUGGAUUUGAUAAAUCCCAGAAGCUUCAUUGGAACAACUUUUUCACUGUCCUCAGUAGCUCUUAAAAGUGUGUACAAAAUGGACUCGGAACCUCUGCUGCCUUUUUUAAUGUCAAAUUCAAUUUGUUGGACUUUAUUUUGAUGUUGAAUUUUACUUUUGCACGUUAUUGUGGAUAGCUAUGUAAAUACAACGUGGAGUUCAAAAAGAUCCAUUUAAAAUAUUUAAUGUUUUAAGUUGUGGAAGAGUUGUUGUUUUCAGAUGUAUAAGGUAUGCACAAUGCUAGCCUGAGUUGUCUGACAGCAUACAGUAAUUCUCUUCCCUUGAACUACUGUUGCUGUGGAUCCAGCUCCUGCUGUAUGACUCCUUUUCAAAAGAAAAGCAAGGCGUGUACUUCUCAAGUCUCUCACUUGCAACUUGACCAUUUUGUUUCUCCUUCAAAUAUAAAUAUUCCUUUGUUUUUGUGCUAAUAUUUCUUUUGGAAGGAGGAAUGUGGGAGUGGGGGCGAAGAAAAAGAAACUGUUGUGGCAACAACUGUCAAGUAAGUACUCUAGCAUUCACGCUUGAUGUUAAAAUCAUUGGUGCAUUAAUGUGUCGAGUUAGAAUCCUGCUUUAUCAUGAGGCAUGUUUGGAUCCCAGGGCGUGUUGUAAGGUGAUGUAACCAGUAGAAGGCUUUUACCUGAACCUGGUCUUGGACAUUUCCGUUCUUUCAGACCUAGACAAUUAUUUCUAAAUAUCCUAAAUACUUAAUUUGCACCAGACUUCAGCCACCCCGAUUAAAGAAGUGGCUUUAAUACCUCUUUUUUUUUUUUGAAUGACUUGAGAAUUGCUAGGUCCAUAAAACACCAGUUUGUAUAAACCUUUCAUUUAGCAAUAAUACAAUCUAUGACUAGGCUAAAAUUUCUAUUGAUUUACUUCACAAUCCUUUAGUAAUUAAUUACAGCUAUUGUAAUCUUAAUAGUUUACACUGACGAUAACCCGUGUGAACUCCAGUGUUGACUGUGUAAUUGAAUGGAGAGGCUGAACUGUUAGUUUUUCCAGAUCUGCUUGUAAGUCAGCAACUAGCUGAGUGCGUGUAAGAAGAAAAUCACAAAAUCAUGGUGAGAAAAUAUGACCUAGCAGGAAGCUAAACGGCUAUUAAAAGCAUUGUGCUUUUCUAAAAUAACAACAACAAAAAAAAGUAGCCGAUGUGAAUAUACGCUCUUGUGACUGGAAAUCAGUGCAUUGCAAGGAAACUGGACCGCGCAGACCCGCGAGCAGGUGUAGUUCCUUUCGGUUCUGUUACCAGCGGAAUAGCAGGGGUGACGGUUUGCACUGAGUAGCAUUGUUACGCAAUCCACUGGAUGUGAAAAAUGCUUUUUUUUUUUUUUUUUGGAGGAUUGAAAGCUUUCAAUCUUUUCAAAAUUGAUCAAAGUUUGGCAUUUAAAUAUUGAUACGGACUCUCCACAUAGUGAACAUUCCCACUUCUUUAUUUUUGCUAUGGGCUAACCUAAGAGCACUAUUGAGUUUAAAAUAUUCAAGCAGCUAAUGAGGGAAAGCAAGAUCAUGGUGGUUGCCAAUUUUUCAGGGGUUAUUUUCUCCACGGAGAGGAGAUCGAAUGAACGAUAACGUUAGGCCACAGGAGCAGCAGACUGGUUCUGGCCGUUACACUGAAAGGCAAUAAAAUGACAUCAGAUCGUAAAGCAGAAUUCUGAAAGAAGUUGUGGACCUCAACUUUCCCAAGUCCCAUGUACCUACGUGUCCUUGAAAGCCAGUUGUGGAUGAUAAACAAAUAUGAAAAUCAGAUUCUUGUCUCUGGCACUGUUUGUGUUUAUAGCAAUAAUAUUAAUCUAACUUCUCCUCCUCAAAACACAUUAAUUUUUGUACUAGCAAUAAAUUUCUAGUUUUUUUUUUUCCUGUAAGUAUAAUAAUUAUAUUGUUUAAUUUAAAAUAUUUCAUGUGUGAAGAGUUUUAUACAGAUGGUCUUUUAGUUAAUAUAUUGAAAUGUGCUAAUUAUUUUCUCCUGGUAUUUAAACUGGAAACAAAGUACCUUAAUUUUAUUUAGGCAUUAAUGAAAUUAUGGAAGAGUUCAGAACGUGUGCGUUGGGAGGAUGUCUUGAAUACACCAGUAGCAUGCGUUUCAGAGCACUUGAUCCCUCACCAGUUUUGCUUUAUUCAGUAACUUGAAAAAUAAUCAGUUGAUUAAUGUAAAUGCCAGUAGCUUUUUGGAGAUAUGAUGUAUUUAUUGUCAGAUUCUCAAAUGAUGUCCAUGUGGGGUUAGAUUGUUUUCCCACCAGUUGUAUGGCUCGUGAUAAAACGUUGUUUUUUGUUUUAGUGUUUAUGGCAUUGAGUAUUCCUGCACAGACUCGACCAUAUGUGAAAUGGCAGCAAAGUUCGGGUUGCUAAAAGCAAUAAACUGAUGAAACCACUUUCUAUUUA